CUUUUAUAACAUAGACAACAACCGCUACCUCCGCGUCGAUAAGGGGGCGGAAAGAAAAUAAUCGAAAUGCCCACAAAAAGAACAUCUUCACAACUGUCCCCACUAAUCAACGAUUGGGGCCCUGAAACGAUCAUCCAUAAAGACAGGUAUUCUGCGCUCUCCGAUGAUGAUCCUGCAGACGACACCAACAUCCCAAACAUCCGACACCAGCAGGGGCACGGAGCUCGUACGCCUCUAUGGACGUACAAAAAUGAUGAGCAUCAGUCUUGGGCAGAAGGUUGGGGAAAGCUAACCAUUGAAGGGAAAAAUCAAAUGUAUACGUUGGGAAAGCGCCUCAGACAAGACUACUCGCAUUUUUUAUCUGAAUCUUACAUUGAGGACGAAGUGUACGUGAGAAGCAGUGAUACUGUUAGAUGCAAGGCAAGCGCUCAGUUGGUUUUGGCAGGACUUUUUCCUCCAGUAGGUCACCAAAUAUGGAAUCCAGAUUUACCAUGGCAACCUAUACCUAUCUCGUACGUUCCGCGCCAGGAAGACAAUCUGUUGAGCUUGGAAAAACCAUGCCACGCAUUGGGGGAAGCCCUAAAAAGAUUCCUUUCAUCCGACCAAAUGACAAACCACACAAUUGUCCACGAAAAACUAUACAAGUACCUAAGCUUACAUACAGGUCAAGACAUCAACGACGUCUUUCUCGUCCACAAACUUUACGAUACUUUAAAAAUCGAAAAACAUCAUAAUCUUGAAUUACCACCGUGGACGAAACACCUUCCCUGGGAUACCAUGUAUGAAAUUGCUGCUUUAAAGUUGUUCAUCUACACCAUUGCUACAGAUACACAGAAAUUUUCAGGAGGAGUUUUAUUAAAGGAUAUCAUUGAUAAGUUUUCCGAUCGAAGUAUCAACGGAAGUAGUUUAAAAUUGAUCAUAUAUUCAGCUCAUGACAGUACACUGGUACCCGCCUUACAAAGUUUAGGGUUUGGGAAAAUAUUUAUUCCAGAUUAUGGAGCACAUUUGGCUUUUGAAUUGCACAAAAUUAACGAAACUCACGAAAUAAGGGUAUUAUUUGCUGAAAAUUUUAAUUCAUCUCUUACACUUUUGCCUCUAAGUUUUUGUCCAUCGCCUUGUACACUGAGUAAGUUCGAGGAACAGUUGCGUUCUAGAGAGAUUUUACCCACCGAUUGGGAUCGUGAAUGUCUAAAUUAAUUUUAGUUUUUGUACCGAUAACGCAAUUAGUUAAAUUAUGUGGUUAUAAUCUGAAAAAUAAAUCUAAAGGUUAUUUUGUA